GUGGUGAGCUUCAGCAGCCUGUGGGCUGACGCCUCGGCGCCCUGGAUGGCCCUGUGUGUGCUGUGGUGCUCCGUGACCCAGGCCCUGCUGCUGCCCGUAUUCCUCUGGGCCUGCGACCGCUACCGCGCUGACCUCAAGGCUGUCUGGGAGAAGUGCAUGGCCCUCAUGGCCAACGAUGAGGGCUCGGAUGACGAAACCAGCCUGGAAGGUGGCAUCCCCCCAGACCUAGUGUUGGACCGCUCCCUGGACUACAGCUAUGGGGGUGACUUUGUGGCCCUGGACAGGACGGCCAAGUAUGAGCUCUCUGCCCUGGAGGGGGACCUGCCCCAGUUCUACCCUCUGCGGCCCUUGCAGGAGGACAAGAUGCAGUACCUGCAGGUCCCGCCCACGCGACGCUUCUCCCACGACGACGCGGACGUGUGGGCCGCCGUUCCGCUGCCCACGUUCCUACCGCGCUGGGGCUCCGGCGAGGACCUGGCCGCCCUGGUGCUGCCCGGCGGGCCCGACCGGCGCCGCGGCGACCUGCUGGCGGAGGACGCGCCCCCCUUCCGCCCGCGCCGUCGCUCGGCCGAGAGCCUGCUGUCGCUGCGCCCCCCGGCCCUGGACGACGGCCCGCGCCUCGCCCCCGGCUCGCCCCCCGGCAGCCCGCGCCGCCGCGCCGGGCCCGGCGCCCGCUGCGCCUCGGCCUCGCUGCUGCCCGACGCCUUCGCGCUGACCGCCUUCGAGCGGGAGCCGCAGGCCCUGCGCCGCCAGCCCGCCUCGCCCGGGCCCUUCGCCGUCCGCGCCCUUACCCGCGACGGCGCCCAGCCCGGCGGGGACGCGGCGCCCCCUGGCGGCGGCGGCGCGCAACGGAGCCCCGGGCCGCGCCCGGCCGCCCACGCGCGUCCCGGGACCCUGCGGACCGGCCUGAGCGCGUCGUGGGGCGAACCCGGGGGCCUGCGCGCGGCGGGCGGCGGCGGCAGCACCAGCAGCUUCUUGAGCUCGCCCUCGGAGUCGUCGGGCUACGUCACGCUGCACUCGGACUCGAUGGGUUCGGCGUCUUAGGGCCCGCCGGCGCCUCCCCAAGUCUCCAGGCGGGCCGGGCCACCCACGGGGCCAAAGCACCAAAGAUGCCAUCCUAACCCGGCCCAGGCUCGGGGCAGGCUGCGCUGAGACCGCCGGCGGCGCCUGGACUUGGCGCUAGCCCUGACGGGGCGGCGGCUGUCUGCCGCCCCGGAAGCGGCCAUUGCCUGGAGGGGCAACGCCCGCCCUGGACGACCACACCGGGCACGGACCAGCCUCUGGGCAGGGCAUCUCCGGGCAGAGUGAGGCUGGGGCUUGGGAAAAGGCGGCCUCCGCACGGGGCAGCUGGGCUGGGGACGUGGGGUGGCGGGGGAGCCCGGAGACGGGGCUACCGCCUGACGGAACAAAGCCCACCCUGCAGGAGCCACCAGACUGCACCCGGCUUCCCACUGCACCGUAACUGUCACACCUCAGGGGGUGAGGUACAGAGGGUCUGUAAGCACAGGGGUCUUCAGAGCCCAAGCCAAGUUCUCUGGGCAGGUCUCCCUGCUGACUUGUUCUGCCUUGGUUUCCGGAUCUGUGAUGAGCAGGUGUCCGUGUUAACUCUCAGGACUGUUCGGACAAGUCUCCUGGUCUGUGUGCCCCGGCCGCCAACGAGUGGGCAGGGAGUAAGAGUGGUGGAGGACCCUCCAUGCGUCCUUUGUGGGAGUCAGUUUUCAGGGGCCUGGCGUGGCCCCCAAGCCUGAGGCCUCCCACACUUAGUGCCCCUGGCCCCCUUGAGAACUCUCCCCAG